GCAUGCGCAAUACAGUCGAGAAGUGCAACCGAAGAGAAUGGAUGUGUUAGUGAAAGUCGAUGGAAUUAUUUAUCUUAAAUGGUUAUGAAACUUAAACCGAUACCAAAACGACUUUAGUGGUUGAUUCUUAGGAAGAUGCUACGAUUCUUCAGUAAGAGAUUCGGUCGUAACACCGCCAGGAAUGCCAAAACUGGGAACAAUGCCACUCGGCCACUUUCAAAGGCUUCCAAACAUGUCCUACCUUGUAAAGUAAUUCUAUUAGAUGGCACCGAUCUCUCCAUAGAUUUAACGAAAAAAGCCCUUGGAUCAGAUCUUUAUGAGCAAGUGUAUUAUCACAUUGAUCUUGUGGAAAAAGACUAUUUUGGAUUACAGUUUAUGGAUGCAAAUCAAGUGCAGCAUUGGCUAGAUCCAACAAAAUUAGUUAAGAAACAAGUAAAGAUUGGUCCUCCUUACACUUUGUGGUUGAGAGUGAAAUUUUAUUCUUCAGAACCAAAUAAUCUACGUGAAGAAUUAACUAGGUACUUAUUUUUUCUACAACUGAAACAAGAUAUAUUAUCUGGUAAACUACCUUGCCCCUCAGAUACGGCUGUUGAAUUAUCUGCCUAUGCUUUACAAUCUGAACUGGGCGACUAUGAUCCUGAACAGCACACGGCAGGUGUCAUAUCUGAAUUCCGAUUUGUACCUGAUCAAACUGAAGAAAUGGAAAUCCAAUUUCUGGAAAAAUUCAAAACUUGCAAGGGUCAAACUCCAGCACAAGCUGAGAUAAAUUAUCUGAACAGAGCAAAAUGGUUGGAGAUGUAUGGAGUCGAUAAUCAUUAUGUUAUGGGUAAAGAUGGUAAUACAUAUUCCUUGGGCUUAACACCAACAGGAAUACUAGUCUUUGAAGGAAAUACAAAAAUUGGACUGUUCUUUUGGCCAAAAAUCACCAAACUGAAUUUUAAAAACAAGAGGUUGACUUUAAUAGUUGUGGAGGAUGACGAAGAGGGUAAAGAACAAGAACAUACAUUUGUGUUUCGCUUAGUCAAUAAUAAAGCAUGCAAACAUUUGUGGAAGUGUGCCGUCGAACAUCACGGAUUCUUUCGUUUACAACAACCCAUAAGAGGAGUGAAUACUAGACAGAAUUUCUUUCGUAUGGGAUCAAGAUUUAGAUAUAGCGGGAAGACGGAAUUUCAGACAAUUCAGCAUAACAGAGUGCGGCGAACCAUUCAGGUGGAACGUAGACCGAGUCAGAGAUAUUCCCGUCGUCCAACUCACGAUCGAAACAGAGAAAUGGCCAAUCACACUCGGAAUGAAGUGCCAUCUGUGGAAACUACUAGCAUCAGUGAACCGCCAGCUCCUGUCACUAAUAUAACAACUAUUGGUGCGGUUGCAACUGCACCUCAGGAUGAAGAAUCACCAUCACCGUUACCAAAAUUGGAUACUGAAGAUAAGAAAACUGCAGAGGAGAGAUUAGACAGCCUCAUAAAAUCUCUUACAAAAGAUAAAAUUCCAGCGAGUUCUCUGAGUAAAUCUAAAAACGAAUUUUCAGCUGUUAAUACAUCAAAACAGAAUUCCAUUCCAGAAAAAACAUUAGUUGGAUCAGCUCUUAAAUACCAAUAUGAGAAAUGGAGAAUGGGAGAAGAGCUAUAUGCGGAAGAUUUAACUUCAAAGUUAAAGUCAUUGGACGAACCAGCGAAGAGUUCAACUUCCUUUACAGUCAGUAAAGAAGAAGUGGUAGUACCGAAUAAUCAAGUACACUGCAAUAGUGGCGGUGCUCGUCCUAUUCCUCCCGAACAGAUGAAAUGCAAUAUAUUGAAAGCAAAGAAAGAAGAAGACACUAAAAAAAAUGAAAAUUCUUUGGCUACGACUCAAGAACCGACUGCAGAUAUCGAUGACAUCCAGUUAAUUUUUGACAAAUUAAAAAUGGACUUAUUAAAUAGGUAAGUCUCUAUUAAUUAUAUAUU